UGCCAAAGGCCGACAGCUGAUCUGGGACUCGUGUCUGGGCUUCGGACGUUGGGGCCCCGUGGCCCACCCUUUACGUAGAUGUCUCAAAUGGAGCUAGAAUUGGAUCCUGGUGACGAAGACCUGCUGGGCUUCCUGCUAGAGGUACCGAGUGACUGGGAGUUAGAUGAUUUGCUGAGCUCACUGCUGAGUCCCCCAGCAUCGUUGAACGUUCUCAGCUCCUCCAACCCCUGCCUUGUCCACCACGACCACACCUACUCCCUCCCACAGGAAGCUGUCUCUGUUGAUCUAGAGAGUGAGAGCUUUGGAAAAGAGGAGACCCAGAUGACUACACAGCAUGUGGAGGAAAUGGCAGAGCAGGAGACUGUUAGGUUGGUACUGACAGAUGAGGAGAAGAGUCUAUUGGAGAAGGAGGGGCUUAUUCUGCCUGAGACACUUCCUCUCACUAAGAUGGAGGAACAAAUUCUGAAACGUGUGCGAAGGAAGAUUCGAAAUAAAAGAUCUGCUCAAGAGAGCCGCAGGAAGAAGAAGGUGUAUGUUGGGGGUUUAGAGAGCAGGGUCUUGAAAUACACAGCCCAGAAUAUGGAGCUUCAGAACAAAGUACAGCUUCUGGAGGAACAGAAUUUGUCCCUUCUAGAUCAACUGAGGAAACUCCAGGCCAUGGUGAUUGCGAUAUCAAACAAAACCAGUAGCAGCAGCACCUGUGUCUUGGUCCUGCUAUUCUCCUUCUGCCUCCUCCUUGUACCUGCUAUGUACUCCUCUGACACAAGAGAGAGCCUGCCAGCUGAGCAUGGAGUGUUGUUCCGCCAGCUUCGUGCCCUCCCCAGUGAGGACCCUUACCAGCUGGAGCUGUCUACCCUGCAGUCAGAGGUGCUGAAAGACAGCACACACCAGUGGCUGGACGGCUCAGACCAUGUACUCCAGGUCCCUGGCAACUCUUCCUGCCUGCUACACUACAUGUCUCAGGCUCUCAGGGCAGAGCGUCCCCUGGAGUGGCUAUUCCCUGACCUCUUCUCAGAGCCUCUCUGCCGAGAUCCCAUCCUCCUUCUGCAGGCAAAUCUCACAAGAAAGGGGGUAAGGCUUUCUACCUAUAGCCCCUCUGUCAUCCUGCAGGACAGAUACUCAGGCUAGAUACAAGGAUAUGUGGAGGGGUCUCAGCAAGAGCUUGGUGGGCUCCCCAUCUGUGUCUGAAUAAAAAUGGGUGGGCGAGGGCUGGCUGCAGAUUCUGUGCCCUGUCAGAAAGACUGAGGGCUCAAAUACACCACAUUUACUGGC